AUGGAGAUCGGUCCGAUCUGGGACAUGAUUGCGAACGAUAUCGUGAGGCAUGAGAGAUUUCGUGAGAUUCCUGCCAAUGUGCAGGAGCUCUAUGCUAAUGUUGGAAAUCAAACAAAGAAAACAAAGAGAGUAAAUACGGCAGCAUGUCGUGCACCAGUUGACGAAACGAUUCCACGCUCUCGCCUGUCAUCGACCAAAACAAAUGCUCACAACUUUCUAAUUCGCUGCAGAAAUCUCUUCCCGGGAAAUGUGAACCAGCGAAGUCGAGGUUUAGAAUUUGUUCAGUCCGAGCUCUUG